AUGCCCGAUAUUCUCAUCGUCAACGACAGCGCAUCAUUUGCUUCCAGUGAUACUUUCUCCACUCAAGAUUCAGCAGAGCAACCACGAGUCCAGCUUCGGCGGAGAAGUACAGUUGUCCAACUCACAAGAAAGGUGUCAAAGAGAAUAUCUAAAACAAUCCUAAGAGGCGGGGCUCAUGAAAACGAGCUGAGCGAAAGUAACCUCAGAGAUCUCGACAGCGCACCGUACCUUGAUUUGCACAGUCCACGGUCACCCAAACGCUAUAUCCAUGAGGCGAAACGACAGGAAGCUAUCUAUGAAGCUGUCGAAGAAGAAUGCCCUCCUGUGGACGUGGAAGCCGUGAGAGAAAUGCGUCUCCAUGAAUCGUAUGCUGUCUUCUGCCAGAACUUUACGCUAUCGGGGGGAAACCGGAUGAGCAGGAGAUUCGACUUAUCUAUGGGAACGGAAAGGGCAGAGGAAGAUGCACAACCCUCUCACGGCGAUCAAAUUCCCCAACACCUCGACAAAUUUGAAUUCCCGAGUUCACAUGCCCAUCCCGAGCACAUAACGGUCGAUGCAAGGCCCAGAGCAAACCCCGUCGAGUUGCCAAUAUCCCCUUCUACGGUUCUCGAUAACACGCCCAUAUCUCAAUCAAUAAUCACCGAGAACUCAUGCCCGGAAUGGUCAGAUCCAAACACUCCGAAAGUUGAAGAGGACCUCCUUACACACCAUUCCAGCUUUGAAAUCACCCACAACUCCAAUUAUCCCCAGGCACCCCCUCGAAUCAUCACCCCGACUGUAUGGAUGGACAUGCAGCGCGAGGAGCGAGAGCGCAAAGAAGCUCGACACCAAAGAUUCCUCAAUCCCUUCCGCUCGUGGUUUAUGACCACGCAACCCUCGUGGGGGCGGAGGUAUGAGACUGUCGAAUAA